AUGGCAGGUCAGCCGAACAUGGAUGAAGACGUCGAACGAGCAGAUCCUGGACCUUCUAACCAGCGCGCAUAUCACGAUGGCCAACGCGAUGAGAAAGUCUGCGUCAUGACUCGAGAUAAUUCAGCAUUUGUAGCAGCCUGGAUGCAACGACUCCAGAUGCUCACGCUUAUAACAACAUUUCUCGCUUCGAUCGACGGAGAACUCUUCACCCGUACCUCCACACCGUCGCUAGAAACAGUUGAUGCAAGCAUGGCAUCCCAGGAACUUGUGUAUGCCUGUUUUACUGGUGCCCUCGUUUUCCAUGUUUGUGCUGCAAUCCUGGGAUAUGUGGCGUGUUUUGUUCUCAUUCGAUAUCAGAUCGUUGAUGCAGCUUCUUCCGAUGCAAAGGGCACCGAACCUUCUAAUCCUGGUUUGCAACACCCCGAGACCAUGCACAGAACGCAGCGUCUGCUUAUACCCAUUCCGCCUUUCGACGGCCCUCUUCAGAUGCCCUUCGGGCUCCAAGUUCUAUCCAGGAUGUCCACUCCCCCACUAGAUCUGCUGACUCGGUGCUACUAUACGACUUUGGCGCUGAGUAGCGCUGGUUUUAUCUUGGCACUUCUUGGUAUCACCGCUUAUGCAUGGGUGAUACUGCAGCAGACUGUUGGGAUCUUCACAACGGCUUGUCUUGGUGUUAGUAUCGUGGCAUGUGUGUGGGCAGUAAUGUGA